CGGUCGUUUCUUAGUCCAACUGGAAUGUGACGAGGCGUUCGGUCCAAACUGCCCCCGACACGCUGAGGUGACCUGAGCAGGAGGAGGAUCUCUCUGCUGCUUUCUGUCUCCGUCCUGCUUCACCUGUUGACCUCCAGUGAGCCGCCGCCAUGAAUCACAGCAAAGUGGAGUUGGAGCCUUUUGAAUAUUCCUACUACGACUAUUCGGACUGGUACUCGAACAACGCGGAGCCCACCAAGCCGCCCAUAGAAGUUAUUUUACCAUGUGACCCCACAGCCGACGAAACGCUCUUCCACGUAUGCAUGUUGUCGAUAUCUCUGGUGGUCAUGCUGAUCCUGGCGGUUCUCACCAGGAAAAACAAAUUCUGCCAAGGAUUCACCAGAGGAUCCUCCAGCAUCUUCAGUCCAAACAACUUCCUGGACCAGACUCAGGAGAAAGGCCUGGUCAUGGCCGUGUUCGGGCUGGUGUUCAGCAAACUGGCCGUGCUGGUGAUCGCUCCGGACCCGCUGCCUUUCUGCAAAGACACUCCAGAGGACAUUAAAGAGUACAUGAAGAUCAUCUCCAUCUUCUACUACCCGGUCCUGUAUUACCCUCUGUUGGUCUGCGGCACUCUGCAGCGUCGAACCGGCUACGUGUUCGGGGCGCUCCUCUCCUUCGGCCACUUCGGGGUCCUGGUGUGGCAGAAGUUCGACUGUCCCAAGACGCCAGAGAUCUAUAAGUACUACGCUCUGCUCGCCACUCUCCCUCAGCUGGCCUGCCUCGCCUACAUGUGCGUCCAGUUUCUGCUGCUGUUUGUCAAAGGACCAAAGACGGAUGAGGACCUGGACAGCAGCUACUACACCAACUAUGUGAAACAGCUUCUGAAGACAAAGUCCUCCGCUGUCAGCUCCUCAUCUGCAGACAAACCAACACUCGUCCAGAGAAUACUGGAGGUUCCCAGGAGUUAUAUUUAUACACCAGAAAAGGUGUUUCGUUUUCCGUUGAAAUUGGCCGUAUCGGUGUUCGUGGCCCUGGUGGCGAUCUAUCACGCGGCGCUGUUGCUGGUCGUCCUGGUCGUCCCCACGCUCCACAUCGUCCGUGCUGGUAUCGAUGAAAACAUCGCGUUCCUGUUGCUGGGCUUCGGGAUCGUCCUCUCCGACGACAGGAUGGAGGUCGUCAGGAUCGUGACUUUCUACACGUGGUUGCUGGAAGUGUGUUACCUGUGUGCCAUGACUCUGUCGUGUGUGGUCAGUCUGGUGAUGCUCAUGAGGUCUUUGGUUCUCCACAGGUACGUGACACAAAGUCCAACCUGGGGCCUGUACAAAGGAGACAUCUACAGCAUCUCUAACAGCCAGAAGAGCAUCUGUCCAUCCAAAGCCGGGGUCGUGUGCUGGAUGGGUCUGACGGGAUACCAGGCCGCGGUCGUCUGCCUCGGAAUGGCCGUGCAGACUGUCGUGUUUUUCAUCUGCUUCCUGUUCCUGGUGUUUCUGAUCAUCAUCCCUGUUUUCCACGGUCGUAACCUCUUCGUGUUUGAAAUCGCAGGAAAGGCUUGGCCGGCCUGGCUCACGCUCACACUGGUCACACUCCUCCAACACGUGACGGCUAAGUUUGCUUUUAUUAAAAAAGAAGCGGGAACAAGAGACUUGAAAAACAGAGACAGCCUGUUCCUCCUGACCUACCUGCUCUUCCUGGUGAACACCGUGCUGGGUCUGAUCGUCGCCAUCUGGAGGAUGGUGAUCACGGCGUUGUUCAACAUCCUCCAUCUUGGCCGCGUGGACAUCAGUCUGCUGCACCGCACGUCAGAGUCCUACGACCCGGCCUACAGAUACUACACCCAGUUCCUGAGGGUGGAGGUCAGCCAGUCUCACCCGGUGAUGAAGGCUUUCUGUGGGCUGCUGCAGGACAUGAUGGUGGAGGGGGGGCGAGCUGGACAGAAAAUACGAGACGCAGAGGAAGGGAUCCAGGUGACCACACUGAGCAAGGCGACCAGCAGCCGCAGGAUUCGUGCUCGCUGGCAGCUGAUGUACACGCUGGUCAACAACCCGUCGCUGCUGGGCUCCAGGAAGCACUUCCAGACGCUGCAGCCCUCGGAGGGCGUCAAGAACGGCACGCCCAAGAGAGGCAGCGAGGAGGAGGAGGCCUGCAAGGCGGCCGCCGAGCCCGUCCAGGCCGCCACGCCCCCGACGAGUCAAGAUCAAACUGAUGGAGACUCCAAAUGAAAUGGUGUGCUGGGAAGAAACCAGUAAACUUAGUGUGACUUCUGGUCUGGAGGAACAGGUCAGGGGGAAACUCAAAACUUGUUGUGAUAUUUUUUUUUAAUUUCUUGUUUUAUCUGUUCACGUCUCAGCUGUGAACAGUAUCUACGGUGUACGUGUGGUAUGAUAUGUUCUCUAAAAUUUAAGUUUUGAGGUCAGAGUGUUGAAAAUCUCCUCGACCCAUACAGGGGGCGCUGCUCCUUUCCGUGUCCCCUCGUACUGACGCUGCACAUACUGUACAUUCACCGGAAAUAAACCGAUUAACACGAUCUCUGGUUCUUUUAGGGUUUUUUAUAAUAAACCAAAUUCAUUUCUAAUAUCGUGCAGGUUUGGGAAAGAUCCAUCUGAGAUGUUAUUACGGUGAAACCUUCAUUUACAUUUAGCACUCGGUGAUCGAGCUGAUUUUUUGUUUGCAAACCUGUUGUUUUGUUUUUGAGUCUGAACCAUAGACUGAAAAUAUAAAGAUGGACGACAUGACAGCUUCAGCAAAGUGAAGCCAAAGCGUUCUGAUCGCCCCCUGGUGGCUGGUUGCAGUACAGGUCAUAAACCCAGCCUCUUCCAUGUUAGUGGAGGAGACACACACCACAUUCUUGUUAUUUCAUGUUGCUCUUAUCACACUGAUGCUGGUGUUUAUCCAGUUCAGCAGUUGUACGAGUUGCUUGAGGUAUUUUUUCCCAGAGUCGUGAAUGUGACGUCAGACCAGGAACAUGGCGGCAACACAGAUUUGUCUCCACCCGACACAUACGACACACACAUUAAAAAAUAACGGCUUCACAUACUGUAAAAAUCAUAUCGACUUAACAAAGAAGCUAAACAAAGUGUCACCAAUUUAAAACCCAUUGACACUUAACCAGAAUAUAUAACUCCUUCUACAUGAUCCAAUCAGCUCCAGCAGAAAACUGUGGUGUCACUUGAGUAACGGUCCAAACGGCUCUCGGUGACUUCAGCUUCACAUUUACAGCCGGAUCGAUGUCGGCCUCCCGGCUGGAGCGGGGGGGUCGAUGAGAGGUCGGACUUUGGUCUAUUUUUAUCCCCUGGUUGAUCAGUGGAGUCAGGAUCAGCUGCUCGUCGCUGCUUUUCUCUUGUUCCGUCGUGAAUCGCAGAACUUCACAAACCUCCAUCGAGCAAAAACACGACAAUACUCAUAUUCACUCCGAUAUAUUAACUGUGUCUGUAAACAUGAUGGUUUUCAAAACACGUGAUAUGUGACUGCUGAAGAAAAAUAAAAGGCUAAAACAAA